CGGAAGAGCCAGGGGUCAGCCAAAUGAUUCAUUGGUGGCACCUGAAUGAUCGUCGAACAAUCAUGUCCUCUCCCGCCUCCUUCACACGAAAUUUUAUACUCGUGCACUUACAAACACAACCAAAUACAUUACGCUUUUCCUGAGAAUGCCUAGCAAUUUCGAAGAACAGCAAGCCUGGAGAAAGGCACUUCCUGCUGAAUUCGCCAAGUUGCCUCAGACAUGGGGUAUACGUUGGAAGAAGGAGAGAAGUGGUGAUUACAUUGAGUAUUACAACCUAGAAACAGGCGUCAGCACAACAACCCAUCCGAACCUGGGUCCUCUACCAAAGAACUGGACCGUCAGAUUGUGUACAAUGACAAAGACUGGACGCAGAGUACCGCGCUACUUUAACAAGAGAAGCCGAAAAUUCUACGUUGCAGACCCUCGACUUCGUCCGGAAUCCAUUAAAGCGGAUAAUACAAGUGUGUCUAAAUUCCACAAAUCUAACGACAUAGCUCAAAACAAUAUUUUCGACGUUAUUGGCCUCAAACGGAAGCUGGUAAAAGGGGACAAGAUACAGGACUUCAGGAGAGCGGAAAUCGGCCAAAAAGAUAUCUCUGAUGCAUAUGAAUAUCUUCACGCUAUUGACGCGGGUGGUGAAAUUGGCGGAAUGAAUGGGGGCGUGUACGUUGUAAGGUUGAAAGGCGCACCAACUCUAUUUGUAGAAAAGAGGUUUCUUACAGGAGCGACGAAUUUCAAAAUGGCCCAGAAUGAGAUUAAACUCAUGCACCGCGUUAUACACGGUGCUCUGACGUUCUAUAUCAACGGAUUCAUAACGCCGACAAAGUGCGCUGUCUGGAUGGAAUUCUGCGAUCUGGGUUCCCUGGGAGAUAUCAUGAAGAGAUACAAGGAAAAACGCGCUGCGAGUCUUCUGGAUAAGCCACAUCUUCCUGAGAAAUUUCUGUGGCAUUGCUUUAUUGGUCUCUGUGAUGCAUUGGCGUACCUUCAGAGUGGAUUACAUUAUACGAAGGAUGCUGUCAAGGAUCCUAACAAAAAAGCAAAGGGAUGGAUAUCCAUUCUUCAUCGAGAUAUCAAGCCCGACAAUGUGCUCUUGAGAUCAAGAACAACCUCUGCUAACCGGAAGUACUGCUAUGUUACUCUCAGCGACUUUGGUCUCGCAUGCGAAGACCUUCCAGCUGGACACCCAGAUCAAGAUUAUUCCCAAAAGAAUGGAGGUAUCUCUGGCACGCCAACCUGGUGGGCUCCGGAGUUAUGUUACGAUCCAUAUGCCAAUCAAUUCCAGCAGCUCUCAGGCAAGUAUCCUGGGGGCCAGAGACCGUCCGUGAAAUCAGAUCUCUGGGCCUUGGGGACUGUCAUGUACGAUCUGGCCGAAUGCGAUGCAUUUGCUCAUGUUGACAACACACACCGAGCAGACGUUCCACCUGCCGUUGCUGGGUACGCCAGGUGUUUGCAGCGGAAUCCCAAAGUCAUCAAAACGUACUAUUCUCAACCCCUACGACAGUCGAUCCUGGAGGCAACAGAAUCAAACGUAAACAAGAGACCGACUCCAACGGAAAUGGUGCAACAGCUUAGUAGGAGAAGUGAUCGACUUUUUCCCGAUGGUGAGGAUGAUAUGAGCGACAAGGAAAAGCUGCCCGUCUGGGCUACAAGAGUGCACGACUAUCACUCGAGGACCCCGAAGAGGGCGGAGGACUUCAAGAAGAAGAUUUAGUUGCUCUACAUGGCUAUUAUAUGCUUGCGCGGGGGCAGAACAUGUUUGUUUCAACGGGAAGCAUAUUCACUCAGAUA